AUGACUUUAUAUUUUAGAAGCGGUUUCCCACCACUCGUUGGCCUCCCACACAGUUUGCUUAGCCAAUUAAUCUCUUGCCUCUCUGCCCAUCAUCUUUAUUGAACCACCGCAAAAGGCACGUUUGCCUCCACCUCCUUUAAUAGAAAGCUCCGUCAACACCUUUUCAUGCGUAUGCCCUGCGCUUAGUUUGUGCCACAAUGUCCUUCAUCGGGUGAUUGUAGGUUUCCGGCAACUCUCGACCCGUCCCCCGCCUUGUCUUUCUAUUGAAAAGAACAACGAGAGACGCAGUACAAACUGUUCACGGUAGAAUAUUCUAGCAACCUGGCAACUAUCAGGCCUUGAUUCUAAAGCAUGAGGCGGCACGUGACGUGGAAUUACAACAGCUCGCCCAUUUCGCUCCAAACUCGCCGGAUUUUGGGUAUCAACGCAUGAGACUCAGCCAAUCCCCUUUGUUGAGUAUGUUAAACAGUUUCACAUUUAGUGGAGGCUACCAUUGGAGGCCGCACCAUGCCUACAAGCUUUCCAUGAAUUAUCUUCCAACAUCGCCUUCAAUCCUUCGAUAGUACACAAUAGCACAUCUACUGCUCGAAUACAGGGCGGACAGUACACGAAAAUGUAUAGCAUGGCGACUGAUCUAAUGUACGCACUUCGGGAGGUCCCAGGGAAGGGUAAAGGACUCAUCGCCACACGAAAGAUCCCUAUGGGUACGCGCAUCCUCUCUGAAGAGCCCAUCAUCAGAGUGCCCGAAGCUGCUCCUGACACCCUUGCGCUACGAGCCUCCAUAAACCAACAAGUCGAUGCACUCACUCCGGACCAACGACAAGCCCUCCUCUCCAUGCAUAACAUCCACGACGACGAUGCUGCCUCGCGGUACCUGGGAAUCAUCCGAACGAACGCGCUUCCUUUUGGGGACUGUGAAAGGGAAGCGGGCAUUCGUUAAUGCAUGCCGCAUUAAUCAUGACUGUGACAACAAUGCCCAGAAAAGCUGGAAUGAGAACAUCAAUCGACACACCGUCCAUGCAAAACGAGACAUUGAGAACGGCGAGGAGAUCACAAUUUUCUACCUCGGUGUCCUCAACAACCGCAAAACCCGCCAAGAGGCUCUUCGAAGCAAAUUCAGGUUUACCAUCUUGUGUCGCCUUUGUUCCUUGCCGCCAGAUCAAAGCCAAGAAAAAGAUAGAAAGCUGAGUGAGAUCCUUACGCUAGAUGGUCUCAUUGGCAGAGAUGGCAUGAUGGGGAUCUUAUCGGCACCACUACGAAAACUUCGAUACGUUGAUCAACAGAUCCGGCUCUACAAUGAACUGGGUCCGAAUGACAACGGUUUGCCAAGGGCAUUUAUCGACGCUGCACAAAUUGCUAUUACCCAUGGAGACCUCGCCAGGGCACGAAUUUUUGCUAAGAGGGCGGUGCUAGGAUGGAUUGUCCUCGAAGGCGACGACGGCUCCCAAGUGCUUCAAUACAGAGCGCUGACCCAAGAACCCUCGAAGCACGAGUUAUACGGGACUACAAUGAAGUGGAAGACUGCCAUAGAUAACAUUCCUGUGGGACUUGACUCGGGAGACUUUGAUGAUUGGCUGUGGAGGAGGGACAAGCCAAAACAACUCGGACAACCGGUAGACCUUCGCAACCGGACGACGUUCCCGGGUUUCAAUGAUUUACCAGACGAGAACGACGUUGAUCUCGAAUUCUACGCAAGUAGUGACGGGUUUACCUAUCGACCACACCGGCAUUGGUUGUUCUUGGCCGAGAUUGUUGACUUCGCCACGAAAUGGACGUCAAAGAUGUUGAGGGCACGACGAUUCCGCUCUUCUUCUAUACAAACGACCGGGGCGAUGAAUUGGCACCUUCACAAGUUCAGAAAGGGUACACAAUUGCGAUUCUCUACGCAGAGCGUCACGCAUUCAUGUUUUCCGAACCGGGAAUCCGGCUCGAAGAGCCUACGAAUUUCAAGGUACAUUACAGCUCCAUCAAACACCACCAACCUAGUCUACGUCCCUAAUCUAGCGCGCUUCCACAGAUAUUUCCACUAUCGCUAGAGAAACUGCUACCGUUGGGCGACCGGGUCCAAAACUUCUCGAUAGAAAUGAAUGGUACAAGAAUAUGUCAUGGGUGUGAUAUGAAGGCAGCCUCCUUAAAGAAGUGUGCCAGGUGCUCGCUUUUUUGGUACUGUAACGCGGUUAGUGGUGAUCUAAGCCUCUCCUGUUCGACUGGGAUGCUGACUUGUAACAAUCAGGCCUGCCAGCGCACUGGCUGGAAUGACAAAGGCCACAAAGUAGACUGUAAUCUUCUCAGGGAUACUGAUUUGAAGGGACUGUUUUCUCUCGACUGGGAUAGUUUUGAAGGCUAUGUUCAAUUUCCUCUGAAGACGGCAACGAAUUAGAAAAGCCUUGGCUCUGUUCAAGAGACUGGUAGUCGCAAUAGCCUGUUGGUAAAAGAUCUUUCGUAUGUUCAUCAAACGACACUGUAGUCAUGUCAUCAUUAGGUGGUUGAAAUAGGAUCGCCGACUUUAUACCUUCUUAUAAGAAUAGCUUUGCCGAUGCUGACGUCCGCUAAUAAGUUGUCGCAGCGUUGCAUUAGUAAGAUUUCAUAGGCAGAUUUCAUAGACAGAUUUUGGAUCGAUGGUGAUACUCCCAUUCUUAUGAAAU